AUGGAUCCCUGGGCCUACGAAUACCCCUCUCCCCUCGAAGGUUACGAGAACCUCGAACCAUUAUCAGAAGAACGCAACGAAGACGGCAAAUCCCUCAAAAACCCUCCCCCUACCAAGACAAGCGAAGCAUACAAAGCCUUCCCAGACCCCAUAGCCAACGGCUCCAAACCCGGCUUCGACAUCCACAUCUACUUCCAACACACGGAUGAGGAACAAGUUGCCUUCGCCAAAGCACUCCACACGCGCAUCCGGCACGAAUUCCCCGAGUUAAAAAUCUUCCGCUUCUGGGACCGCCCCAUCGGCCCGCACCCCGUGGGCAUGUUCGAAGUGGACCUCUUCACGCCGGAGCAAUUCGGGGCCUUCGUGCCGUGGCUGGUGGUGAACCGCGGGCCGCUGAGUGCGCUCGUGCAUCCGAAUACCGGGAGUGAGUAUCGGGAUCAUACGCAGCGGGCGACGUGGAUGGGGACGCCGUUUCCGCUGAUUACGGGGGGGUUGAUGAAGUUGGAGGGGAGGGAGAAGGUGAAAUUAGGGGAGAAGAGGGAGGGGAGGGCGAAUGGGGGUGGGUCGUAG